AUGGAAGAUUUAAGGAAUUCAGUUGCACCAUUAAAGUCUUCAUAUAAACAUGAUCACGACUCAAUGCUGGAAACAGCUCCUUCUUUUUCGAUAUUUAACGAAGCAAGUGAGUUUCGUGAUGAAAUGAUUCUGAGGCAGGAUUCGAAACAAGAACCACUAGGGAGGACUACUAAAGUAGGAGAUAGCAUAGACGUGACCUGGAGUGGAGGCUUCAGCUUUGAGAAGAUGGGAUGGAUUGAGGAGAAAGAGGAAGAGGAAGAUUUGAAGGCGAUCGGGACUUUGCGCAUUGAUGAAGUAAAAGGACCUGCCAGUCCUCCCUUGUGUCUUGCAACAGGGCUUGGGGUUGGUGGUGCUGGUUAUGGUUGUGAUGCUUGGGAUAAUGAUUUAACUACGGAAAAUGUCGAUGAGAGCGACAAUCCCGAAGAGUAUUAUAAGAGGAUGGUUGAUGAAUAUCCCUGCCACCCUUUGUUCCUCAGGAAGUAUGGUCAAGCUUUAGAGGCUAAGGGAGAUUUCGAUGGAGCUGAAGAUUUCUAUUUCCGUGCUACACUAGCGAAUCCUGGAGAUGGUGAGGCUUUAUGUCAAUAUGCUAAGCUGGUUUGGCAGCUUCAUCGUGACCAAGAUAAAGCCGUGAGUUACUUUGAACGUGCAGCUCAGGCUAGUCCUCACGACAUCAAUAUUCUUGCAGCAUAUGCUAGUUUUCUUUGGGAAAUAGAGGAUGACUCGGAAGAAGAUGAAGCAUGUCGUGGUCAAAUUGAGAUUCAGGAUGUCACGGGCGAUGGUGUGCCUGAUACGGCAGCAGCUGGCUCAAGGAGUGACGACCCUGAGGAGAAUUACAAGAUGAUGAUUGAAGAGAACCCCAACAACGCUUUGUUGCUAAGAAAUUAUGCUCAGUUCUUGUGGCGGUCCAAGGGAGACCUUCAAGGUGCAGAAGAGUACUAUUUGCAGGCGAUACUAGCUGAUCCUGGGGGCGGUGAAAUCAUGGCUCAAUAUGCAACACUGGAAUGGGAACCUCAUCACGACAGUAAGAGGGCACUGUCGUACUUUGAGCCUGGAAACAUUGUCUUGAAAAUGUGCUUCUGUAUUCUGUACUAAUGUAGCUUCAUU